UAUAGUCGUCUCAGUCAGAGAUGGAGACAGAUAUUCCUGUUCUGUUAAAGGACACGACGAUCUCCGCUCUCCCUCUGUGUAUGCUCCAGAGUUUCUCUCUGCUAAACUGAUGUCCUCUGGUCAGAUAACUGAGGGACGUUCAGUGACUCUGAGCUGCAGCAGUGAUGCUAACCCAGCAGCUAAAUACACCUGGAGGAAGAAGAACAACCAAUCAGUUGUCAGUACAGACCAACAGUUUGUCCUCAGCUCCAUCCUGUCCUCAGACUCUGGACAGUAUUACUGCACAGCUCAGAACCAGCUGGGAGAGAAAACAUCUGGACUCGUCUCUGUCCAGGUCACAUAUGCUCCCAGGCCUCCCUCUGUGUCAAUCAAUGUCAACGACGAUCAUCAUCAAGCUGACUCUAUUCAUCCUGAUUUCUCUGCUUGUCCUGAUUAUUUCUUUAAGAACACUGAGAACUAUGAAAAUGAACAGAAAACUAACUGAACCAAUAGAAAUGGAGGUGAGAAGGACUAGUGAGGUCACAUAGUGAAUAUUCAUUGAUCCGAAUUUAACCAAUCAGCUCAGGAUUACAUGAUGACAUGUUUCUGUUUUUGGUUCAUUGUUGUUAUUCAGGUACUGUAAAUGCAUAUUUUAGAAAAAACAGCAGGUUUAAAACAAAACUAUGAAUGUGCAGUGCUGGAUUUCAACAAAAUAAAAAGUAGAAACAGGCAAACAUAAAAUCAACAAACAACGAACCAAAUACUGUUUGUACAUAUUGAGUCUCUGAGUUAUAAAGACUGCAGGUAGUGAGAAGAAUUG